GUCAGAUUGUCCGAUGUUAUUUUUUCAUUGCGUUUCUAUACUGCAACAUUUUGUAAGAGCAGACAGCUCAGAGAGUUGGUUAAAGUUGAUCCGAUAAACGCUUGUUCAUAUACGUUUCUUUUAUCGAAGGUUCUGGGUUGCAUUGCGAGUCAGUAGCUGCGGAUCAUUUCGAUUUCAGAUUCAUCAUGCAAAUCUUUGUAAAAACCCUCACUGGAAAAACCAUCACCCUUGAGGUGGAAGCUUCUGACACUAUCGAAAAUGUCAAAGCUAAGAUCCAAGAUAAAGAAGGUAUUCCUCCAGAUCAACAACGUUUGAUCUUUGCUGGAAAGCAACUAGAGGAUGGCAGAACUCUUUCUGACUACAACAUUCAGAAGGAAUCUACGCUUCAUCUUGUUCUGCGUCUUCGUGGAGGCAUGCAGAUCUUUGUAAAGACUCUUACGGGUAAAACCAUCACCCUUGAAGUUGAAGCCUCUGACACAAUAGAAAACGUAAAGGCCAAAAUUCAGGACAAAGAGGGAAUUCCACCGGAUCAACAGCGUCUGAUUUUCGCCGGCAAACAAUUGGAAGAUGGUAGAACUCUUUCCGAUUACAACAUUCAGAAAGAAUCCACGCUUCACCUGGUUCUGCGUCUUCGAGGAGGAAUGCAAAUUUUCGUGAAAACUCUCACUGGUAAAACCAUUACCCUCGAAGUCGAAGCUUCAGACACCAUCGAAAACGUAAAGGCUAAAAUUCAGGACAAAGAGGGAAUUCCACCGGAUCAACAGCGUCUGAUUUUCGCCGGCAAACAAUUGGAAGAUGGCAGAACUCUUUCCGACUACAACAUUCAGAAAGAAUCCACGCUUCACCUGGUUCUGCGUCUUCGAGGAGGAAUGCAAAUCUUCGUGAAAACUCUCACCGGUAAAACCAUCACCCUUGAAGUUGAAGCCUCUGACACAAUAGAAAACGUAAAGGCCAAAAUUCAGGACAAAGAGGGAAUUCCACCGGAUCAACAGCGUCUGAUUUUCGCCGGCAAACAAUUGGAAGAUGGUAGAACUCUUUCCGACUACAACAUUCAGAAAGAAUCCACGCUUCACCUGGUUCUGCGUCUUCGAGGAGGAAUGCAAAUCUUCGUGAAAACUCUCACCGGUAAAACUAUUACUCUCGAAGUCGAAGCUUCAGACACUAUCGAAAACGUAAAAGCCAAAAUCCAGGAUAAAGAAGGAAUUCCACCGGAUCAACAGCGUCUGAUUUUCGCCGGUAAACAACUGGAAGAUGGCAGAACUCUUUCCGACUACAACAUUCAAAAAGAAUCCACACUUCACCUGGUUCUGCGUCUUCGAGGAGGAAUGCAAAUCUUCGUGAAAACUCUCACCGGUAAAACCAUUACUCUCGAAGUCGAAGCUUCAGACACUAUCGAAAACGUAAAAGCCAAAAUCCAGGAUAAAGAAGGAAUUCCACCGGAUCAACAGCGUCUGAUUUUCGCCGGUAAACAACUGGAAGAUGGCAGAACUCUUUCCGACUACAACAUUCAAAAAGAAUCUACACUUCACCUGGUUCUGCGUCUUCGAGGAGGAAUGCAAAUCUUCGUGAAAACUCUCACCGGUAAAACCAUUACUCUCGAAGUCGAAGCUUCAGACACUAUCGAAAACGUAAAAGCCAAAAUCCAGGAUAAAGAAGGAAUUCCACCGGAUCAACAGCGUCUGAUUUUCGCCGGUAAACAACUGGAAGAUGGCAGAACUCUUUCCGACUACAACAUUCAAAAAGAAUCUACACUUCACCUGGUUCUGCGUCUUCGAGGAGGAAUGCAAAUUUUCGUGAAAACUCUCACUGGUAAAACCAUUACCCUCGAAGUCGAAGCUUCAGACACCAUCGAAAACGUAAAGGCCAAAAUUCAGGACAAAGAGGGAAUUCCACCGGAUCAACAGCGUCUGAUUUUCGCCGGCAAACAACUGGAAGAUGGCAGAACUCUUUCUGAUUACAACAUCCAAAAAGAAUCCACACUCCACUUAGUUUUACGACUUCGUGGAGGUGUGUUCCUGUGAGCUGAAAUCUACAGAAAGAUUCGCUAGUCGCAAAUUGAAAAAGAAUAGCAUCAGUAGUAUUGAGGUAGCAUUUAUAUAUUUAACGUUUUUUUUUUUUAAUUUAUGUUUCAAGUAGCUACAUAUACUUAUAAUAUUACUUUGAAAAACAUUUAUGUUGAAGUCUAACAAGAAUGUAAGAAAAUGUAAUUCAAAUAUAUAUGCAAAUGAAUGCAUUCUUGUCUAAUAAACAUUAAAUUGCAUUAGGA